GAGCGUUUGAGGACUUUUACUUUGACACACGCCGGACCCGGAAGUGCUCGCCUUGCUCUUUGCACGAGGAGAAGUCGCACGAGGAUAUUUAAACUGUCUGUUGCUGAUGUUUUGCUGUAGCUGCUAAGUGGCUAACAUUAGUACAGUUGUGUGCUGUUCAUUAUGGCUGAAGGGACGCUGAUGCUCAACAUCUCUAACCAGGAAGCUCCUGAGUAUAAACACAACUACAACAAGCACUCAGCAGGGCAGAAAUGGGCAGCAAAAAAGGCAGCGAAUGGAAAAAGGAAGGCUUUAUUUGGAAAUCAAGACUAUGGCUCUGCUAAGCAACAGAAGCUAACUGCUCAGAUGAACGCAAAGUAUGAGGACCAGGCAGAGUCGAAGCUCCUAUCAAAUCCAAAACCUUCACCAAAGAAUGGACACGAGGAACAUAAGGGACACGAUAGACCUUUUAUUAAAACCUCAUCUCUUUUUCGUAACAACCCUGAGAUCCCAGAUGUGCUCAGUCCUGUUGUGACUCAGGUGAAGGAGAAGGUCUUCACUAGCAACUCGUUUCAAGAAGUAGACCUGCAUCCUCACUUAGUAGCGACGCUUAACAAAGUGUUAAACAUAAGCAGUAUGACCAGUGUUCAGAAGCAGACCAUUCCAGUGCUCAUGGCAGGAAAAGAUGCUGUUGUACGAUCCCAAACUGGAUCAGGGAAAACGCUGGCGUAUGGGAUUCCUGUGGUCCAGUCUCUGCAGGCAGUGCAGCCAAAAAUCAAGAGAUCAGACGGGCCACUGGCACUUGUAAUCGUGCCUACGAGAGAAUUGGCACAGCAGAGUUUCCAAAUCUUCCAGAAGCUUCUGAAGCCAUUCACCUGGAUCGUGCCUGGUGUCCUGAUGGGAGGGGAAAAGAGGAAAGCAGAAAAAGCCAGACUGAGGAAAGGCAUAAAUGUUUUGAUCUCCACUCCAGGGCGACUGGUAGACCACAUUAAGAACACUCUUAGCAUCGCAUUUAGCGCUGUACGCUGGCUUGUUCUGGAUGAAGCAGACAGGACUCUUGACCUGGGUUUUGAGAAGGACCUGACCGUUAUACUGAACGCUCUGAAUGCUGGCGGCUCCGCUAGGCAGACGGUGCUGCUUUCUGCCACACUCACUGAGGGGCUCUCCCGCUUAACCAGCAUUAGCAUGAACGACCCAGUGUACAUCCAGGUCUCAGAUGUCACUGAUAAAAGCGUGGACACAUCUGAACCUCUUCUCUCAUCCCAAUCACCACCUUCUCAGCAGGCUGACAGCUACACGGUGCCUGACAAGCUGCAGCAGUAUAUGGUGGUGGUGCCUAGCAAACUGCGCCUGGUCUGCCUUGCAGCAUUUAUUCUGGCCAGGUGUAAGUUUGAACGAGAUCAGAAGCUCAUCGUCUUCAUAUCCAGCUGUGAGGCGGUUGAGUUCCUUAUCACACUCCUCUCCAAUGUCCUGUGUGGUAAACCCAGCACCGCAAACAAGCAGCCGGGGUCAAUCAACUUUCAUCGACUCCAUGGCAACAUGGAGCAAGAGGAGCGGACGGAGGUGUUUCAGGAGUUCUCCCAGAGUAAGACCGGGGUCCUGCUGUGUACGGAUGUGGCAGCACGUGGAUUGGAUCUUCCUCAAGUCACAUGGAUAUUACAGUUUAACCCUCCGUCUUCUGCGGCGGAGUACGUUCAUCGCGUCGGCCGUACAGCUCGUAUCGGAGCUCAGGGCAACAGCCUUCUCUUCCUCACCCCCUCAGAGACCGCCUACAUGAAUGUUUUGGCCAAUCACAAUAUCAGUCUCCGUGAGAUGAAAAAUGAAGACAUCUUGUCGACUCUGUUGAAGGACGAGCGUUUCAGAGGCAGAGGGAAUUGGGACAAAAAGAAAUCAGUCGGUGCCCGUGAGCAAGAUGUGCGUGAGAGAGCUACAGUUUUACAGACAGACUUCGAGAAUUAUGUCCACGCCAGUGCCGAAUCGGUACAGGCUGCUAAGAAAGCCCUGCAGUCGUUUGUGAGGGCGUAUACGGCAUACCCCUCCGCCCUGAAACACAUCUUCCACAUCCGUCACCUCCACCUGGGUCACGCCGCCAAGAGCUUCGGCCUGCGAGACGCACCACAGAGCCUGUCGUCUGCCAUCACAGACUCCACAGCUAAAGGGAAAUCCAAGAAACAAGCAAAAGGAAACGAUAAGAAGAGGCCCACCACUAAUAAGCUCACAGCCAGAGAGCGAGUGGCCAGCCUGAUCCGCUCAGAGUACACCAGCGGGAUAGACGGAGAGUCCAAGUCCAAAAAGAAGAGAAAGAAGAAGAAAGCAAAUGCAGAUGAUGAGCUGACAGAAGGGUGAAGGGGAGAGAGAGAGAAGCAAAGUGGAUGCAAAAUCAUAGUCAUAGACAGAGCUUUGGGGAUACAGGUGUUCAAAUCAACUCCUGGACAUGUUUACCUGUGACAUUACAAAGCACCAGGAAACUCACCAUCCUCAUCAUCGUCAUCUCCCAAGUGCCUGAAGAGGGGCUGAGUUUAACUGUGUGGAAGGUUUGUUCUACUCGAAAAUAUUUGGAUUUGUAAACGUGUAAUGCAUUUAUUUUUUUUUUGCAUUACUGGAGCUUUUAGAAGUAAAAUGUGUCACAUAACCUAAAUCUGUGCUUUCCUUGAUUUGAGGACCAGGUUUAAAAAUGUUCUAAUAUAAAAUACAUGUAUUGAAUCUAAGGUAUUUGUUAGUUCCUGAUUAAAAUGACACGGGCAAAACAAAACAAAAUCUGUUAUUUGCUUAUAGCAGCUGAAUAAAGGAUCUCUUUCUUACCGUUAAAA